CGUGACCCCCGAAGCUUUCUUCCUGCUAUUAGUCACAGCGGGGCAGCCCCGCCGCCUCUGCUGCAGGGAUGGCGGGCACGGCGGGCGCGCUGCUCCUGCUCCUGGCGGCCGGUUUGGGCGCUGCCCUGUGGCCGCAGCCGCAGUGGCUCCUCCAGGACCCUCAGAGCCGAUGCCGGCUCAGCUCCCGGCAGUUCCGAUUCGCCUAUGCCAACGGCUCGGCGGUGGCGCCCGGCUGCGAAGUGCUGGACGGGGCGUUCCAACGUUACUGGCAGCUGCUUUUCCCGCCCGGGCACAAGGAGCCAUCAGGGAGCAAUGUGGAGAACCUGUGUCCUAACCUUCUCGUCUCGGUGGCCCAAGCAGGAUGCAGCGGCUAUCCUACCCUUGAAUCUCCAGAGAACUAUAAGCUCAGCAUUUCGGUGGAUCUGAUGCUACUCACAGCCCCCAAUAUCUGGGGCGCCCUCAGAGGAUUGGAGACCUUCAGCCAGCUUUCCUGGAGGGACGAAGUUGGGACAUUCUACCUCAACAAGACGGUUGUGGUUGAUUUCCCUCGCUUCCCUCACCGAGGUCUGCUCCUUGACACGUCUCGCCAUUUUCUGCCUUUGAGAGCCAUCCUGGAGACCCUGGAUGCCAUGGCGUACAACAAAUUUAACGUGUUCCACUGGCACAUUGUGGAUGACCCGUCGUUUCCGUUUGAAAGCAUGGUCUUCCCAGAUCUCAGCUCGAAGGGAUCCUAUAACUCGGCCACUCACGUAUACACUGCUAGCGAUGUGAAAAUGGUGAUUGAAUACGCCAGGUUGCGCGGAAUUCGAGUGAUUCCAGAAUUUGACACCCCUGGACAUACACUCUCUUGGGGAGCAGGUGUCCCAGGUUUGUUGACUCCUUGUUACGCUUCCGCAAAACCCAGCGGGACCUACGGGCCAGUCAACCCCAUUCUCAACUCCACUUACCAAUUCAUGGCUUCGUUUUUUGCUGAAGUUAGCUCCAUCUUCCCAGAUUUCUACCUUCACCUGGGAGGAGAUGAGGUGGACUUCUUCUGCUGGAAGUCUAACCCGGACAUCCAAGCCUUCAUGCAGAAAAUGGAAUUUGGCCAAGACUACGCCAAGUUAGAAUCCUUCUACAUUCAAAGGCUGCUGGAUAUAGUCGCAUCUUACAAGAAAGGUUACAUGGUGUGGCAAGAAGUAUUUGAUAACGGUGUGAAGGUAAGGAUUGUGCUAGGACAGUGAUGGCUAACCUUUUGGGGCUC